GGCGACGGCGCCGGGCCCGGACAUGGCCGCCUCGUCACUCGCUGAAAACGAUCCGCUGCGCUCGGUCCAUUUGUCGGCCAUCUCGCCACCGCUGGCCAUGGACAGCAUGGCCCUAGACGCCAGGCCGCAGCACAUCCUCGUCGCCACAGAUGAUCAAGACUACUCGACUGCCCGCGAUUCGCAGGCAUCCGGCUCAGAGACCUCGGCGCUCGAUUCGGACUCGAACGGGGCGGGGGCGACGUCGAGAUGGGCCGCGCCAACCGCACUAGCUCGGAGCAUCCCAGUGAGGGCGCGUCGAGCUACGAGGAGAGCGAGUCAGGCUGGGCCUUCCGCUGGGAGACUGUCCAGGCCAAGGCGCGGGCGGCCGUCGACCAUGGCGCAGUCCUUGCGGUCCUUGUCAUCGCCACCCUCUACGUUCUGUUUGCCGACGACAUUGUUCUCCUUGCCUUUUCAGCCGAAGCCGACGUCUACCACCUCUCGCUGGUCUUUGUCUGCUUUGUCCUCUUUGUGGUCGAGCUGGUAGCCUCUCUUGUCGCUCGCCCGCGCGAGUACCUUGCCUUCUUCUUCUGGUUCGACCUCAUCACCAUCAUCUCCAUGAUCCCGGACAUCCUUCUCCUGUUCUCGUCGUCGGACACGACCGAGGAUCCCGACACGUUCACCGCCCGCUUCUCAGUGCUCACUAUUGCCCGCGCCGGCCGCCUGGCCCGUCUCGGCUCGCGCGCCGGUCGCCUCAUGCGCAUCAUCCGCAUCAUGGUCCGCGUCCACUCUUCGCCCGAAACUGACAGCCUCCUCGCCGGACACGUCGAGUCUGGUGCCACCCUCGCCACCGGCAGCGACCUCCAUCCGACUGCCCGAGCCGUCGCCUCGGACGUCCACCACUCAUCGAUUGUCGGCCGCAAGUACACCGCGCUCCUCACCCGCGUCUUUGUCCUCAUGGUCCUCGUCACCGUCUUUGCUUUUGUCAUUCUCGAGACUGUCCGCACCCCGACUCCCGACGGCCGCCGCAUGUCGGAAAAGUACGGACUCGAUCUCCUUGAGACUGCCGCUGGCAAGCCCGGCGCCUUGUCUCCGCCUGCCAACAGCUCUUCGUCACCCUUCCUCAGCCCCGAGCUCGCCUCGGACCUCAAGGUCUAUCUAGGCUCGCACAGCGACGUCCGACGUGUCGUCCUCCUUGGCUCCACUGUCAUCGUCUCGGCUUCGAUUGACAAUUUGCGGGUGAGCGAGCGGACCACGCUGUACUCGGGCUCGUCGGCCUCACUAGUUGUGGUGAGCAACGUCGACCAGAUUGAGCGCGACUCGAUGCUCAACCUCAUCCAGACCUUCAUCAUUCUUGUUGUCCUCUUUGGUGGCUCGCUCGUUCUCGUUCGCACCGCCCAGCGCAUGCUCAUCCGCCCGCUCGAAGACAUGUCGCUCAUCGCGCUUGACCUUGUCUCUGCGUCGUCCAUCCACGGCCCAGCCUCGCAUCCCCAGGCAGCCUCGGCUCAGCGUAGAACCUCCAUGACCCUUGUGAGCAAGUCCGGGCCUGGUCCGGACUCACCAGGCUCGGCCGCCUCCAAGACAGUCGCUUCGGAAAAGUCAUCCAUGUUUGGCACCGAAGUCGCCGAGACCGCCGUCCUCGUCGACGUCCUCACCAGCCUGCGCGCGCUCAUGCACUCGGGCUUUGGCACUCUCGGGUGGGAAGUCCUCAACCGCCACCUACUGCCAACCCACGAGCUCGACUUUGCCCGCUCCGGUGAACUCCGCCACUCGGCGCUGGCCGUCAUCGACGUCUCACCCUUUGUCUCGCCCGUAGUGGUCCUAAAGGGUGCCGUCGCGCCCAUGCUCAACGCCGCCGUCGGUCUCACCCACAACGUCGUCGUCACCAACGGUGGCCUCCUCGCCAAGAUGGCCGGCGACUCGGUCAUCUCGCUCUGGCCCUGUGACACCGUCGGGAGCCGCAACGCUGCAGAGGCCGCCGCCCGCGACGCUGCAGACACCGCCCUCAAUGCCUCGCUUCGUAUCCUCUCCGAGCUUGCACGGUCGUCGCCGCUCGUCGAGCUCCGCAACCUGGCAGGCAUUCCGCCGCCGUCGGCCAAUACCACCCUCGGCCGCCUCUCCUCCACGGCAGGCAUGCUCGCUGCCGUCGCCCUUCAUCUCGGCUGGACCGUCGAGGCCGCCAUCGGCUCCGAUGCUCUCGUUGAACCGCUUCUUCUUGGCCCGCACGCCGACCUCUCGCUCUACCUCCGCAAGCUUGCGCGCUUCUACAACGUGCCCAUUGUCAUGUCCGCCACCUUUGUUGCCUGCCUCUCGCCCGUCCUCCGCGAGCGUGCACGCCGCAUCGACCGGAUCCUGCUCUCGACCACCCACAAGGCCCUCGACAUCUACACCAUGGACGUCCUCACCCCGCUCUCCGAGCAGGAGAUGGACCUUCUGCGCUCGCGCUCGCCGCUGGCCUCGUCGGCCGUAUCCUCCGCCCUUGGCCAUGAUCCGCGUGACGCCUCGCUCUACGCCACCGCGCUCGAGGCCUACAUCGAAGGCCGCUGGCGCGAGGCCAAAAUCCUCUUCUCCGAGUAUGCCGAUGCCUAUCCCGACGACGGGCCAGCCGCCAACAUCAUCGACUUUAUCGACGAGGUCGCCGACGAGCUCGGCGGCGCCCCGCUACAGUGGCGUGGUGCCCGACUCAUCGUCCUCUAGCCGUGUGGUCCUGGGAGUGCAGGUAAAGAUGCG